AUGAAAACGCACGACAUCAAAUGCAAAGUGCGAGUCGUCAUCCGGCAAAUAGUUUUCGAUACUAUUCCAGAAAACCUUCCUGUUCUCCGCAUUACAUGGAAUCGAGGGGACAGUAAUGGGACAACAAUGCCAAUUCCACUGAACAAAGAUGUUAAAGAAGAAUUUUCUUUUACUUCGACUUUUCAAUAUUCAAAGAGUGUUUUAAAGCCAAAACCACUUAAACUGACUUACUUCACACAAAACAAUCCAAUAGCUACAGUCUCUUUAAACCUUUCUGAUUAUGUCAUCUUAGGCAAUGAAACUCGUCAAUUAAAAGAAGAAUAUUCGUCUUCGUUUGGAGAUUUCCAUGUCCACUUGGAUAUCAUUUUUGGGAAUGGGGGACACUCAUCCCGUCUUGAAAAGGUAGGUAAGCAGACCAUUCUUUCACAAUCCGCAAAUUCUUCUUUAAGCUCUUCGUUGAGUAAUUCCCCGACAAAAUCGAUUUUAUCUCAAUCCGCUUCCUCGUCAUGCAUUCCAAAGCGAAAAGUGCAAAUCUCCGUUCAAACGGCGCGAAACAAAAAUUCACUCGAUCUAUCCGAUUUUGACUUCACAAAGAGACAAACCUCCCCAUCCCCUUAUACUAUCCAACAAAUCCAAAAAGAAGACCAAAAACCAUCCCAUCGACACACAGGUUCGUGUACAGACAGAUCACCAGACUCUUCCCCAUCUUCAAAGGUCGUUGAAAUAUCACCGCCAUCUUCUAUUACUCCACAACGACAACAAAGCUUUAGAACAAAUCAAAUUCAGAAAUUCAAAGUGCGAGAGAACUCGUCUCUUCGGUCAACAGUCGAAGCACUUUCAGCAGACGAAGAUGCCUUUGUUCAAGACAUUAACAGAAAUUCGUCGUUUCUUGAAAUGGAAGAGAAGGCAAAAAACACUGACAACACCAUUUUGACGCAUUUAAUCUUCAACACGUUGACUACCGACAAAUUUACAGCAACGUCCGCUCUUUCACAAGUCGUCUUAUUGCAAUUGAACGGAUAUAUCUCUUCUGAUAUAUUACCACUCCGACUGUGUAUCUAUUUAUACUCCUCGAUAUCGCAAAUACUCACCCUCUACACUAACAUCUUCUCAAAACAACGAGUAGAGGGCCUCGGUUCUUUUCUCGAUGAUCUCCAUAAGACGAUGUCAAAGUGUCAUUGGCGACUGAUGAAACUGUUUGAAGAGAGACUGAGUACCGCUUGUGUUGCGUCAUUCAAAAGUGGGUGUACUGAAAAGCCAUUCCUCCUUGAGUUCAAUGCAGUCAUCAAGCAAAUCAAAGAAUUCCGGAUGUACCACCCAUUUCAAGUGGUUGUUGUGUCAGAUAUGUUCAGGUUGUUUAAUAUUGUUUUUGCAGAGGAAGUUACCCAUGGACAUUGCACUUUAAUGAAUGGUUUCCAAAUUCAAAUGAUGUUAGGAAUGAUGUCCGACUUUGAGUUCAAAAUGAAGGAAUUUCUCGUCGAGAAGGACAACUUAGUGAUCGUUAAGGAAAUAGCAAGAGUGCUUGUGCUCUCUCAGAAGAAUUUAUUGGAAGAGACGCGUGGGGAUGUGUGUCCACAUUUGACGGCUGACACUCUUGUUAAGAUAUUAACCAACUUUAAUGAAAUGUGCCCAGGUGAAGUCCCUCCAGGAAUUAUCUCCCUCCUUGGAAGAUCAGACGGGGCGUUUAAACCGGAGUUUUUCGACUUUAACAUGCCCGAACUCAAAGAACAGAGACUCAAAAGUGUCACAAGAGACGCACUUGAGUGCAAGUGGACUCCUUUCAACAUCACCACUACUCCUUUCGCGUCGAGGAAUUAUUUAAAUAAUUAA